UUCCUGCUGGCUGGCUCCUGGUUAUGGCAGGGCUGGGGGUGGCCCGCGCUGCCAGACACCUGGUGCACAACACUUCUUAGGAAACACGCGGUCUGGAGUGGACACAGAGUCCCAGGACACAAAGGGGCUGAAGCCCUGCCUCUGCUCUCAGCACAGCAAGGCACUGAUGAGAAGCUGGGCACCAAGCCUGGUGUCUGGAGGAACUGCAGGACUGGGCUUUGGGUCUAUUUGGUAGAUUCAGCUGUAUCUUUGGGGCUUGCAAGUGAGUAUUUUUUUCCUCUCUGCAGCUUGUUUUGCAACUCUGGCCCUGCCCCCUGAGUCUCUGACUUGGCUGAACUGGCAAGUUAAUCAUUCAGGCUGCACUUCGGGGCCUCCAAUACGUCAAGGCCAGGGUGGUGCUGUUAUCUAAACGCUAGGCUGUGUUGAGCCAGCAGCAUAUCAUACCUGGGACCUUUCAUUCAAGCCCCAGUUACCUCUCUUCCGGGCUGAGCAGUGCUCCUGCAUCUUCUGCAGCCAGAAACCACCGUGAAGAUGUGGCUGUACCUGGCGGCCCUGCUGGCGCUGUACUUCCUGCGCCGAUGGCACCGGGAGCGGCAGAUGGUCGGGAACCUCCCGGACAAACACGUCUUCAUCACGGGCUGCGACUCCGGCUUCGGGCACCUGCUGGCCAAGCAGCUGGACGGGCGGGGGCUGCGGGUGCUGGCGGCGUGUUUGACGGAGCAGGGGGCCGAGCGGCUGCAGCAGGCAACAUCGGGGAGGCUGCAGACAGUGAUCCUGGAUGUCACCUGCUCCGACAGCAUCGCUGCGGCCACUGCCUGGGUGAAGGGGCAGGUGGGGGACCGAGGGCUCUGGGGCCUGGUGAACAACGCUGGCAUCGGGGUCCCCACAGCCCCCAACGAGUGGCUGAGCAAGGCUGACUUCGUCAGGGUGCUGGACGUGAACCUGGUGGGGUUGAUCGAGGUGACGCUGAGCCUGCUGCCCCUGGUGCGCAGAGCCCGGGGCCGCGUCGUCAACAUGGCCAGCGGAGCGGGCCGACUCUCCUUGACGGGAGGUGGCUACUGCCCUUCCAAGUACGGUGUGGAGGCCUUCUCCGACAGCCUGAGGCGUGAGCUCCACAGCUUUGGCGUCAAGGUCUCCAUCAUCGAGCCAGGUGGCUUCCAAACCCUGCUUAUGAGUACACAGAGCCUGCAGGAGGCGUGGAGCCGUGCCCCCGUCGAGAUCAAGGAGGUCUACGGGCAGCAGUUCUUUGAAACCAAUGUUGAGCAGGCCCAAAAGUUCCUCACCUGGACCAGCAGCAACCUCCACCUGGUUACCGACCCCAUGGAGCACGCGCUGACGGCCCAGCACCCCCGCACCCGCUACUCCUGCGGCUGGGAUGCCAAGCUCCUCUACCUCCCACUCAGCUACCUGCCGACCUCAUGGACCGACUUCAUUGUGAGCUUGGCCAUGCACAAGCCUGCCCAGGGCAUCUAGGCAGCAAUGUGCCCAUGGACCGGGGGGCUGCAGCCUUCUGGCACCUGGUGAAAGGCUCUUGAUUCAACACUUCAAUCCAGUUGUGGGUUCAGCACCCCAAUUGUGCAACUUUUCUCAUCUCUAAUAAAUGAACCCGCAAUCUUCCUGCCA